AUGGCUCCCACACUCUCCAGCAAGAAGACCCCAGCCGUCACCUCAGACGCCGCUUCUGAAAUCACUCUCGUGGACCCCAAGUCAGGUUCAUCUUCAUCUUCCGGUCCUCGAAGCUUCAAGACAGCCGUCAAGGAGGAAUACAGGAAGUUCAAGACCGAAGUCCACAAGAGCACCGUCGACCCGCAUAAGUCCUGGGAGGCUCGAUACUACGCCACGCAUUAG